CUCUAAAUUGCCCGUAGGUGUGAAUGUGAGUGCGAAUGGUUGUUUGUUUGUAUGUGCGCUACGAUUGGCUGGCAACCAGUUCAGGGUGUACCCCGCCUCCUGCCCGAUGAUAGCUGGGAUAGGCUCCAGCACGCCCGCGACCCUAGUGAGGAGAAGCGGCUCAGAAAAUGGAUGGAUGGAUGUAUUCAUUGUAUGCUGUGUUUAACACAACAUCCCAACUUCAUUGGAAUUGGGGUUGGAUAAAAACCACACAAAAAGAAAGUCCAGUAAAUCUACUGUGAUGACAAACACUUGACUAGACUUGAGCUUAAAAGAGCUGCAGAAGCUUAAGCAAAACAUAAUUGUCCGACUAAUUAAUCUUUGGUAAUCAGUGAUGUGAUUUUAAGUGGUCUUACACCAGAGGGCCUUCACUUGUUUGAGCACCGUUGUCUUACUGUUUCUCAACCGUAUCCUUUCCUUUGAGAGCACGCCCCCUCUCACUUUCCUUUAAUUAACAGUAUUCUCUUGGAGUGUUGAUUGGAAUUGAGAAGUUCAUUCUUUCAUUCUAAGGACAUGCCUGCAAGGGAGUGAUAGCAAUAAAUCAUUCAAUAAAAAAAGACUGUUGCCCAUUGUGUCAGUCAGUUUCCUGAUGGAUGUGCAUUUUUUUCUCACAACCAUACAUGUGGAGGAAUGUGAGAGCCUCCAUAACUUGCUGAGUGUGCAAACAUGGAGCUUUACCAACAGGGGGAUUAUGAUUGGAUCACUGGCCCGACUGAGUGUCAGUGGCAGUGGUAGUCGAGUCAAGCGUAAAAGCAUCUCAUUGACUCGCAGCCAAUUUGCAAAAUACAUAUGAGAGAAGCUGAUGGAUGGAGUAGAGCUCGCGGUAACCGAUAAGAUGGCGGCUCGGGGAGCGACUGGGCACAGCUUCCUGGUGACGUGCUGGCAGCCCAUUCUGAUCCUGAUGCUGAGCGCCGUGCUGUCUGUCUCUACCACUGGCUGCCCGUCCCGCUGUGAGUGCAACAUCCCAGAGCGCACCGUGAUGUGCCACCGCAAGAAGCUCAUGACGGUUCCCGAGGGAAUCCCCGCAGAAACCCGGCUGCUGGACCUCAGCAAGAACCGCAUAAGAAGCAUCAACCCUGACGAGUUCGCCAUCUUUGCCAACCUGGAGCACUUGGAGCUCAGCGAGAACACGAUCUCCACGAUUGAACCCGGCGCAUUCAACAACCUUUUCGGUUUACGGACAUUGGGGCUCCGUAGCAACAAGCUAAAGCUGAUCCAGCUCGGGGUCUUCACGGGCCUGAGCAAUCUCACUGAGCUGGACAUAAGCGAGAACAAGAUCGUCAUCCUGCUGGACUAUAUGUUCCAGGAUUUGUACAACCUGCGUUCUUUGGAGGUGGGCGAUAACGACCUGGUUUUUAUCUCCCACCGCGCUUUUCACGGCCUGAGUAGCCUUGAGCAUCUGAGUCUUGAGAAGUGCAACCUGUCCUCUGUGCCAACAGAGGCCUUUACCCACCUGCACAGUCUGAUCACACUUAGGCUGCACCACCUCAACAUCAAUAUCAUACGGGAUUACUCAUUUAAACGUCUCUUUAGGCUCAAAGUGUUGGAGAUUGCCAAUUGGCCAUAUUUGGAUACAAUGACCCCAAAUUGCUUGUAUGGAUUAAACCUGACCUCCCUGACCAUAGCAAAUGCUAACCUGACCACCAUUCCUUACAUCGCCCUAAGGCAUUUGGUAUACUUGCGUUUUCUUAAUCUUUCCUAUAACGCGAUCCAUACCAUUGAUGGAAAUAAGCUCCACGAUCUUCUGCGUCUUCAGGAGUUUCACCUGGUUGGAGGGCGACUGGCCAUGAUUGAGCCCUACUCAUUCCGGGGUCUCAAUUACCUGAAGAUUCUCAAUGUGUCUGGGAACUCCCUGACUACUUUAGAGGAGUCCGCAUUCCAUUCAGUAGGCAAUCUGGAGACUCUGGCCUUGUAUGACAAUCCCCUGGCCUGCGACUGUCGCAUGUUGUGGGUUUUCCGGCGACGCUGGAGACUCAACUUCAACCGGCAGCAGCCCACCUGCGCCUCCCCUGAAUUUGUCCAAGGCAAAGAGUUUAAGGACUUCCCGGAUGUCCUGCAACCCAACUACUUCAUCUGUCGCAAGUCCAGGAUUAGGGAUCGCAAACCGCAGCAGCAGUUUGUUGACGAGGGAGCCAUCGUUCACUUCGCUUGCGAGGCGGACGGCGAUCCAGCUCCGGUGAUCAUGUGGCUCUCCCCGCAGAAGAAGUUAAUCACCAGCAAAACAAUCGGAAGGAUCUCUGUGUUGCCAGAUGGUACCCUUGAGGUCCGCUACGCUCAGAUUCAGGACAAUGGAACUUACAUGUGUAUAGCAAGCAACGCGGGCGGAAAUGACACCACUCUGGCUCACUUGCACAUUCACAGCUACUCGCCUGAUUGGCCAUUCCAGCCCAACAAGACUUUUGCUUUCAUCUCGAACCAGCCUGCAGAAACUGGUGCUAACGACACGCGAGCCAAUGUCCCUUUCCCCUUCGAUAUAAAGACGUUGAUCAUUGCGACCACAAUGGGCUUCAUUUCCUUUCUGGGCGUCGUCUUGUUUUGCCUGGUGCUGCUCUUCCUUUGGAGCAGAGGCAAAGGCAACACAAAGCACAACAUCGAGAUUGAGUAUGUGCCGCGCAAAUCGGACGCUGGCAUGAGCAGCAGCACGGUGGACGCUCCCCGCAAGUUUAACAUGAAAAUGAUUUAAAGAAGCGGCCCUUGAAAGGAAUUAAAAAAAAAUGGUCAAGUAGACAUUGUUGAGCACUAAGUACUGGAUCCUGGUGUGUUCACAUGGAGAAUGACUAAAGAACUUUAGAAGGGCAGUCGCUGACUUUCAAAUGAGAGGCAAUGAAAGCAUGCCCACCGCAGAAAGGCAUUAGUGAGGUCUAUAUGGCUCCUGGGCUGAUUUUAUUGAAAGUCAUGUUAGUCAUAAAAAGUUCAUGUUCCUGUGGAUCUAUACCCAUCCAAGCUGCCAGAAUGCAAGAGGUAGAUUGUGUGGCCACUGCUGUUUUGUGUCUGUGUUUCUUUUAUUUUAAUUUGCACCUCCCACCCCCACACCCUGAGGCAACAUGCCAAGUUAUGAAUGAUGUCAGUAUGGGAUGAAACACAGAUGACGCAUUUGAAGUUCAAAAUCAAUACAUUUAAUCUGAUCAGUGUUUGAACUGUGAUUCUUUUGUCCUACUUUAUGAUUUUGACCGUUAAUAGUCUGAUUCAUCAGUGUCACACCCAUUGAUCAGAAAUGCCCUCAUAAGUUAAAGGACAUGUCAGAAGAAGAGGACACAUUGUUUGGAUAUUAGUAUGAAAAGAAAUUGGAAUUGAUGCACAAAGGGGCUUUCAUUUGGAAAUAGCAAGAUGGAUCUUUAUGGGAAAGCAACAUUUUGGCAAAUUUUUACAAACAAGUACACAUGCAAAAAAAACAACAACAAAAAUUUGAAUAAAUAUUGAUUAUAUUUUUGUCUUUGAACAUGAAAAUGUAUUGGUCUUUUUUAAUUAACAUUUUUUAAUUACUUAAUUACAAUUUAUCACCAUAGAAAAAUUCCAGCUACCGAAAGUUUUAGAAUGUUACAACUCUUAAGGUACAAUAACAAAAUUCCCCCCCCACCCACCCACCACCCCCCAAAAAGCACAAAACAUUUUGGACAUAUUGAGAGAUUUGAGAUUCAGUACGGUAAUAACAAAUUUUAUUGUACUUAUAGUCCUACUCAUAACAUUAUUUUUUAGGAAAGGCCAAAAAAAAGCAAUUUUUUAAAUCUGUUUAAUGGGAAUAAAUUAAAAAAAAUGUUCUUUUGUUUUUUUGAUUACACAUCACUGAGGAUCAAAUUUAUGUUACAAUGUAACAGUGUUGUAGGUGUAGAAAAACAAAGAAGACGUACUUUUUCGAGUCACUGCACAUUGUUUGAAAUACCUGACAUGAACAUACAGCUUAACUUCUGCAUCCGCAUUUUAGAAGAUGAAAGAACACUUAAUUGGUAAUAUUGGGAGAACGAACUUGUCAGUGAUUACCAUAUCAAAUUUAUGUUACCACAGAGUCAAGAGUUGGGGAAUGAAUCAGAAAGAAGUCUAACUAUUUAUUUUUGUGGGCAAUGCUGUAUCUUGAUAAUUCUGCUAUUGAACAGCAUUUGGUUGUCAAAAAUAAUGGUAUCAUUUGUGUUGGAGAUGAUUGUGAGGAGGAAAAGUUGACUUCCAUUGUUUUUGUGCGUUUAAUAUUUCAUCCCUGGUAUCAUCAAAGCCAUAGAAUUGAUUAUCUACAGGUUUGCUUAUCCCCAUGAAUGUCACCAUGUUAGUCAGAAGAUGUAAAGAGACUUACUGUCCUCUGUAUGAAAUGCUGAGGUUCUUCUCGCCUUAGUUUCUCAAUUGAACACUGUGGACAGCUGGCUUUUGCAAAAGCGCGUGAGGCUAAAGAAGGCCAGGUUCUCGAUAAUGGACCUCACUACUGACAGAGAUGCGGUAAUGGGCUGCGAAAAUGCGAACGGCGGCAGCGACACAGAUGGUUUCACCCGUGGAUACAAUGUGAAGCAGCUUUGGUGUAAUCCCUUUUGCAUAAAGGAGGGAAAAAAAAGACAAAACAACCGUGCAAAUGGCUCACGGCUUAUGAAUGCUGUCUGUGUGUUCAAGGUGUGGCUACUGUACCCAGCAUCUUUUGGUCCUGAGUGAACUAGGAUUCUGUAUGUUUUUUUUUAUUUAUAUAUUUUUUAAUUCUUCCCCCCCACCCCCCUUUUUUUUCUGACCCUGGACUAUAUUGAUCAUGUAGUCCGAGCCAACUUUUAAAAAAAAAAAAACCUAAAAAAAUAUACAUAUGGAAAAAAAUCAUUCAAAUUGUUCUGUGCAAUAAAGGUAAUAUGCAGAUUUUUUUUUUUUAAUUAACACAAUUAUGUUGAUGUUGAAUUGUUGACAAUAUGGUAUGUUGUAUUAAACAAUCUAUGGAAUUUUUUAAACACA